CGUCUUGGUGGCCUGCUGUCGACGAGUCGUGGCGCGUAGGCGGAGGCGCCGGGAGUUCGUUUUGGGCAGCCCACCAGCCAAAGAGGAUAGCGGUGAGACACUAGCAUUUUCCAGCGGCCGCCAGGGCUGCGUCGCACGUAGUUGAGGCGCACGGGUGCCCCGCGCAACCGUGGCGGGCUCCAGCCUCAGAGCGCCACAAAACCCGUCACUGAUGCUAAAAAAUUGAUCAUUGUUGGAGCGUCUCGCACACGAUGCACCACGGCAGCAGGUAACGAGGCGGGCUGCCCGAUACUAAUGCGCCGCCUCCUCGGGCUGCUGCUCUGCCGCCGCGCGGCGGCGCUGUUCGGCUUCCACCUGCCCUGGGGCGACCGCAACCGCGACCGCAACUACCGCCCGCGGCCGCCCGCAUACUUGCGCAAAAGAAACGCUACCACCGUCGCGCCGCCACCGGCUCUACUCCCGCAGUACUCGGCAGCCGAAGAACAAACCGUGCUCCCGCAGUUGCGAAAAGUGCUCACAGCAGUCUCCAAAGAAUUACAAAGCCUUGUCGCCUAUUAUCAGGGAGACGCCGGCGUGCUGGAGCGGACCAAGCGGAGCAAACGGCCGAACAACGACCUGCUACUCAGGGAGCGCCUCGCGGAGGCGCUUGUCGGCAAUACCCCGUUCGUUAUCGGUACUAUAGGAGGCGACACGAAUAGUUGGUCCAAGGAGGCCUGGCCCCAUGUGCUGCAGAAACGUCUAGCAUCCGUAUCAGAGCAGUUCGAAGUACGCUCGUCCACGGCGUGGUGGCGCGACGGGAGGUCCAUAGAAGACGCGUUCUGCUUGGAUCAAUUACUAGGAGACGACGUCGACGUCGUAGUAAGGGAGUGGAGCCCCCUCUGGGGCAGAUCAGGUGCCUUCGCCGAGGGCCUCGAGGCCCUACCCUCGAAGCAGUCAAAAAUGAUGUGGAACGCCAACGUCACGGGCCGCAAGCAUCUCCUGCGGAGCGCUCGGCUAGUCUCGCCAAGGGAGCUCGCUUCCCACGAGGUGCAGAUGCGCCAGGUCUGGAACAUGCGGCAGCGGCCGGCGCUGAUGUAUGUUUCUCAUGAUUUUGAUGGAGGCGACGACGCGUCUACCCUGAGGACGGCUUUAGAGAAGGGCGGCGUCUUCGGCGACGCCUACCACAAGUUCUCGUCGACAUUUCUAUCGGCGUUCGGCUCGACGUUCGAGAAGGAGCGGCCCUGGAAGCGCAAGCGCAAGAAGCCCCAUCGCUCGGCCGCGGCCGUGCCUUUGCGCCGGGCCGCGACCACGGUGAGCGAUGGGCGGCGCCUCCUCAACAAGCGCACGGAGGCGAAGAAGAAGGCGCGGCUGCAGCGGCAGAAGGUCGUCGAAGCCGUGCCGGCGGAGGAGGGGCCUCGGAGUUCCGACGGCAUUCAUUCAUUUCCGCGGGACAUGCCGGACUUCGAGAGUAGUCCACAAACGUUCCGAGGCUUCUGGAAGGAGACGACGCCCCUGUACGAGCAUGGCUACUCGGCGUUGGGGCACGAGCUCGUUGGGAAUCAAGUCGCGUACCGAUUGCUCACGUACGCCAACGAGUCGUUAACGCACUUCAUCAAUUCGGAAACGCCUCGUUCAGAUGUGGAGCGACUACUCAGACAUCGCGAGCGGCGGCGCACGGCUUUAAACAUGAGGUCGCACGCGUCGCUGCCUCCUCCAGUACUUUGUAGUGGCGCACCGUGCGCCGACACGCUCUGUCGAGACGGAGAGUGCCGCCACUACCCCCGCCCGGUCUGCGCCGUGUCUUCCUUACCAAAAGCUGCUUCAUCGCUAGAUGUGGGCGAUUUCGUCUCGAACGCCACUCAAAGGACGCGCUGGGCGAACCAGGGGACGACACCGGAGCGCGAAGACCCCUGCGCGGGGGACGAAGCGUCGCGGGCCUGCUACGACUUUCGAAGAUCAAAGUCUCAUAAACAGCAACAACGGGGCUUCGUCGGCGAGCAAGGGUCCGGCGACCUGCAAUUGGAUUUGCAGUUCCGCAAGCAUUCGAAUUGUGUGGCUGUCAUCGCGGAAGCGCCCGUCGUUACCAAGACCGCAAAUCAGGCGAACUGGCACUUGGAGCUGGAGGUGAAGGUCGAAGGCGAAGUGUGCAGGCCGCCGGCCUGUUCGAUCACGACAAUCCCCGGCGCUGGAUCGCGGUUAGUCGUGGACCUGAAGAAGGUGGACAAAUUGGAGGAUAGAGACAUGUGCUGGGUCCUGAACCCGAUUCAUGUGGAUUUGCGAGUGGUCCCCGCCAAGAUUCCCGCGCACGCGUGUGGCGCGCUCUCUAGACCCAUGAAGGGAGCCUGCAAGGACUGCGCGCCCGCGCGCGGCGCCUGCAAGGAGAGUGGUAUCUGGGCGGCCUAUGACUUGGGCUGCUCAGUUGCCGCUGACGGGAGCUGCGCGAUGUCGAAUGUGGACGACCGCGCGGCGACGUUGUCGGUGGCGACGGUCGUGCUCUUUUAGAUAUGUACUAAGUGUUAUAUGACCUACGCGCGACCC